CACAAGUAGAAAGAUUCCGCCCAUCGUCCACUGCGCACUCGGCACGGGUGGCAGGUGAAGAACCCAAGCAGAACCCACGAUGUCACCGGCGGCGAGGCGCCUCCUGCUCGCCGGAGCCGCCCGUCGCCGCCGCUUCUCCACGGACGCAGCGGCGUCGGACCCGUCCCGGCCGUCGCAGCAGCUGCCCAAGGAUAAGCGGUGGGACGCGGUGGUGAUCGGCGGCGGCCACAACGGCCUCGUCGCGGCCGCCUACCUCGCCCGCGCGGGCCGCUCCGUCGCCGUGCUGGAGCGCCGGGGCAUCCUGGGUGGCGCUGCGGUCUCAGAGUCGGACCUUGUCCCCGGAUUUCGCUUCUCCCGCUGCAGUUACCUCCUCAGCCUCCUCCGCCCCGCCAUCCUCCGUGACCUGGAGCUGGAGAGGCACGGACUGAAGCUGCUGCCACGGAGCCCUUCGUCGUUCACGCCAUGCCUUGACGGCAGAUACCUGCUUCUUGGUCCGGAUGCGGAGCUAAACUUCUCAGAGAUCAGCAAGUUCUCUAGGAAGGAUGCAGAGGCAUACCCAAGAUACGAGGAGAAGCUGGAGAAGUUCUGCAAGCUCAUGGACUUUGUCAUAGACUCGGCUCCACCCGAGCUGAGGCAGGAGGUCCACUUCUCUAUGGUUGACAGGAUGAAGCAUAGGGUCGAGAAGUCAGCAUUCUGGGGCCACCUUUUUCGGCAUGUGAUGCAGCAGGGGCAGACGAACAUGGUGGAAUUCUUUGACCUCCUUCUUUCUCCGGCAUCGAAAAUCUUGAACACCUGGUUUGAGAGUGAGGUUUUGAAGGCGACUCUUGCAACUGACGCCGUGAUAGGAGCUAUGGCUGGUGUGCACACUCCAGGUUCUGGAUAUGUUCUCCUACACCAUGUCAUGGGGGAGACUGGUGGUCAACGUGGUGUUUGGGCGUAUGUCGAAGGUGGUAUGGGUUCAGUGUCAUCGGCUAUAAGCAAAGCAGCUCUUGAAGCAGGAGUGCAGAUUGUAACAAAUGCCGAGGUUUCCCAAGUAAUGGUUAAUAAUAGUGGAAGGGUAAAAGGGGUAGCUUUGGCUGAUGGAACAGUGGUGCACUCGCCAGUUGUUCUCUCAAAUGCCACUCCAUACAAAACAUUUGUGGACCUAGUACCUUCUACUGUUCUUCCAAAGGACUUCCUCUGUGCAAUUAAGGCAGCAGAUUACAGCUCUGCAACAACAAAGAUUAAUGUAGCUGUCGACAAGCUGCCACAGUUCCAGUGUUGCAAAGACAUCAACCCUGAAGGUGGUCCAGAGCACAUGGGCACCAUACACAUUGGGUCCGAAAGCAUGGAGGAAAUUGACCUUGCAUACAGGGAAGCAGCAGGCGGCAUCUCAUCCAAAAGACCUGUUAUAGAAAUGACAAUUCCUUCUGUCUUGGAUAAGACCAUCUCUCCACCAGGUCAGCAUGUUAUUAAUCUUUUUGUUCAGUACACACCCUACAAACUUUCAGAAGGCAGUUGGCAGGAUUCUAAUGUCAGAAAAGCCUUUGUUGAGCGAUGCUUUUCUUUGAUUGAUGAAUAUGCACCGGGCUUUAGCUCAUCGGUGGUAGGCUAUGAUAUGCUGACUCCACCUGAUCUUGAAAGAGAGUUUGGUCUAACAGGGGGCAACAUUUUCCACGGUGCAAUGGGCUUAGAUUCUCUUUUCCUCAUGAGGCCCGCCAAGGGAUGGUCAGAUUACAGAACUCCUGUGAAGGGGCUGUACCUCUGCGGGAGUGGCGCACACCCAGGUGGUGGGGUGAUGGGUGCGCCAGGACGCAACGCUGCCACCAUUGUUUUGGAGGACCUGAUGAAGGGGAAAUAGAUGUAGCUCGCUGGAAACGGAGAUGGCAUUUUCAUCAUCAGGAGGAGAAAAAGAAAAGCCUGCAAAAACACAUCAUUCAUUUCUUAUGGUGCAAUUUUAGUGCCAUUCAUUCAUCUAAAGAGUUUUGGGGUUGCGCAAGUUCCUUUUUGUGGAGAAUUAUUGUCGCAAUCCAUAGUCGGACCCGGCGCUGGAUCCAAACUCUCAGCGAGACUGAUGGAGAACUUAUCAUGUGAAACAAAUGGGCACUAACAUUUUGGUCCGUAUCUGGCGUGAAAUUAGGCCCAUCUCUUUGGAUGAACAACCAAUCAUGGCCAUCCUAAGACAAAUGAACAUGCUGAGGUAUUGUCAUCAUCAUAGUGACAAGGUGCAAGGGUGGGGGGGGGGGGGGGGGGGGGCGCAUGCCGUGGAUUUCAGAAUGUUCACAUAUCUAGAAGAAAAAAUGACGCUGAAACGAAACUGUAUCCAGCUAAGUGAGAGGGUGUGACACGUUGUCCAUUGGUCUUAUCCGAAACGCAUCACGCCUCAUGAUACAGAGUUGAAAGAUCUCUUGACCUUGAACAGCACAAUCAGGCUUUGUUUGGGCUCGAGAUUUUUUCCUGUUCCUGUCUGUGGAGUACUGGAGUUGAACUGAUUCUUAUAACAUUUCUAUACAUACCUGUGCAAUUCUUGUGUUCUGAA